GGUAGAGUCAGAUAGGAGGAGUAAAACUGUGUGAAACGAAACGGACAGAUACGUAAAAACGCAUAACGGGAACACAGUCCACAUAGGUUGUGUGCAAUGAAGAUUGAUAUUCACAAUCACAUUUUACCUAAGGACUGGCCAAAUCUCAAAGAGAGGUACGGCUAUGGUGGGUUUGUCCAGCUUGAUCACCACUGUCAAGGGGAGGCCAAAAUGAUGAAGGAUGGCAAAGAGUUUCGAGUGAUCGAGGAGAACUGUUGGGAUGCAGAAGCUCGCAUUCGGGACAUGGAUAAAUCAGGGGUGACUGUGCAGGCUCUCUCCACUGUUCCUGUGAUGUUUAAUUACUGGGCUAAACCCCAUGACACCUUGGACCUAUGCGGUAUCCUGAAUGAUGACCUGGCAUCGACUGUGCGACGUUAUCCGAAGCGCUUUGUUGGUCUGGGCACUCUACCCAUGCAGGCCCCUGACCUCGCUGUGCUGGAGAUGACCCGCUGUGUGAAGGAUCUUGGCUUUCCUGGUGUUCAGAUCGGCUCUCAUAUCAACAGCUGGGACCUCAAUGCCCCUGAGUUAUAUCCUAUCUACGAGGCUGCAGAGAGGCUCAACUGCUCUUUAUUUGUACAUCCGUGGGACAUGCAGAUAGAUGGAAGAAUGGCUAAAUAUUGGCUCCCUUGGUUGGUUGGAAUGCCAUCGGAGACAUCUAUGGCCAUAUGCUCCAUGAUAUUUGGUGGGAUUUUUGAGAGGUUUCCCAAACUGAAGGUUUGCUUUGCUCAUGGAGGGGGUUCAUUUCCGUACACAGUUGGCCGAAUAGAACAUGGGUUUCAAGUGCGACCUGAUUUGUGUGCUGUGGACAACAAAAGCAACCCACGGAAAUAUCUGGGUUCCUUCUACACUGACUCACUCGUUCAUGACCCCCUUGCUCUGAAGUUACUCCUUGAUGUGAUAGGAAAGGAUAAUGUUAUGCUAGGAACAGACUAUCCAUUUCCGCUGGGAGAGUUGGAGCCUGGAUCAUUGAUAGAGUCCAUGGAAGACUUUGACAAUGCCCUGAAGGAGAGGCUACUUGCAGACAAUGCUCUUGAGUUCUUAGGCCUUCGGCGACAACAGUUUGAAUAAACUGUUAAGAGCUCUUUCCAGAACCUUGACACAAGCAUUACAUAAAGAGGUAUCUUCAAAUUAAAUAAGGGCAAAAGAGUAGUUUACAGUCAAGGGAAAUCUUUAGUCUGUGUGUCUGCUGCUACCACAAUAUCUGUGAACCUGUCCUUGGCCUACUCUGUUUUGCAAGAAAUAGCAGUAGUCAUACAUUCCCUCUCUGCAUUGUCCAUGUAAGGACACAUAGGAAUGGGCAGGGGAAGAAUAAUCAGUGUUAAUCUCAGAUUAAUCAGGGAACUGAAUAUAUACAGUGCAUUGAGAAAGUAUUCAGACCCUUGCAACUUUCUUAAAAAUGCAACAUAACAAAAUGUGAAAAAAGUGAAGGGUCUGACUACUUUCUGAAUGUGCUGUAGAUAAUGUAUUGUGCAACAAUGUAAAACAUUUGCACCAUGUAUAUAAGCAUAAUAGUAACAGUAGUAAAUAUUAUUAUAUAUAAUAAUACUUAAUUACACAUAACACUCAUCAUAGGCGGCGCAGACAGAUCCUUCCAUUUUCUCCCCAUGUGCCCUUUUUCAUCAACUGAUUAAAGUGGCACUUACAAUGCGGAAUGAAACGAUCCCCAGGACAAUCGGGGAUGCACGCUUUUUUGUGGUUAAAAGGUGUUCCUCUAAGCCUUGUCCAUGAAAAAGGAAUAAAAAGAAACGUGCAGGAACACAUCAAUAGCUUGACUGUGUAUUGCACUCAGAUUAGAAAAGGAGAUUUUUUGUGCUGAUUGUCAUAAUUGGGAAGAAAAUGCAAUGAGCCAGGAACAAUGGAGCAUUUGAUCGGCUAGUUUGCAAAAGUCUGAAUAUCUCCUUCACCAGCACAGUAGUGCUGAAUACAGUUUACCAAGCAAUGCCUUUCACUUAGUGGCAUGCAAAAUACCAAGUUGAUGAAUUCUAAGUGUAGACUGUGGCUGUGGCAAAGCUGUCAAUCAAAUAAAACUUAACUGAGAAAGAG